CAGAAGUGUCUCUCAGGUGGGGACCUCAGCGGCCGGGUCCCCACCCUGGCGUGACAAGGGAGGACCCGCUCCCUGCAGACCCGAGGACCAGAGGCCCAGCUGGGAGAGGGGUCUCCCCUGCAGGGGCCUGCAGCCAAAGAGGGCGCGCAGCACCUGCACAUCCUGAUGAGGAACGAGGGGGAGAGCCUGCCGCUGAUGGAGGUCAGCCCUGCCGAGACCGACCAGCCGGACUACAUCCUCGUCGCCGACUACCGCACCCAGCGAAACCCCAGGGCAGUCCACAAGCAGUGGAAGUUCCUGGAGGAACUGAAAAGAAAGGGCUUCCAGUACAAGGUGAAGAAGGACCAGGAGAAGGUGUUCUUCGCCAUCAAAGCCGACAACAGGAUCUUCAGCCUGUACCGCACGCUCCUCAUGGAGCCCGAGGAGCCGGCGCCCAAAGUGGAGCCGCCCUGGCCGACGCCCAUCCCAGCCACCACCAGAAUCCGAAUCGUCAACUUCAUCCUGAACAGCAAGACGGCGGCUGGUGACACGUUCGGGGACUUGAUGAAUGACGGGGUCUUCGAGACCAGGUUUCCCUUGCACCAGGGGGAGGAAGAGCUGGAGGUGAAAUGGGCCCGGUGGAGAAACUUGUUCCGCAAGCAGCCCAUUGACGACAUCAGGUACUACUUCGGCGAGAAGGUGGCCCUGUACUUCGCCUGGCUGGGCUGGUACACCUACAUGCUGGUGCCGGCCGCAGUGGUCGGCCUCAUCGUCUUCCUCAGCGGCUUCUCGCUGUUCAAUGCCAGCCAGAUCAGCAAGGAGAUCUGUGAAGCCCACCAAGUCUUCAUGUGCCCGCGCGGCGACUACCGCCGCAGGUACCAGCGCCUCUCGGACACCUGCACCUUUGCUAAGCUCACCCACCUCUUUGACAACGAGGGCACUGUGGUGUUUGCCAUCUUCAUGGCGCUGUGGGCCACAGUGUUCCUGGAGCUCUGGAAGCGGCACCGAGCCCGCGUGGUCCUGCACUGGGACCUGUACGGCUGGGACGAGGAUCAGGAGGAAGUGGCGCUCGAACUCAUUAACUGCCGGGACUACAAGCUGCAGACGCACCAGCACUCCUACUGGAGGAGCACCGUCAUCCUGGUCCUGUCCCUGUUCAUGAUCGGCAUCAUGAUCGGCAUGGCCCACGUCCUGGUGGUCUACCGCGUCCUGGCCUCCGACAUGUUCAGCAACUCCGCCUUGCCCUUCCUGGAGGAUCAGGUGACCACCGCCGUGGUGGUGACUGGGGCCCUGGUGCACUACGUGACCAUCCUCAUCAUGACCAAGAUCAACAAGCGUGUGGCCCUGAAGCUUUGUGACUUUGAGAAGCCCAGGACCUUCUCGGAGAGAGAGAGCAAGUUCACCGUCAAGUUCUUCACCCUGCAGUUCUUUGCGCACUUCUCCUCGCUGGUCUACAUCGCCUUCAUCCUGGGCAGGAUCAACGGUCACCCUGGGAAGUACCUGCGCCUGGCGGGCCUGUGGAAGCUGGAGGAGUGCCACCUCAGCGGCUGCAUGAUGGACCUGUUCGUGCAGAUGGCCGUCAUCAUGGGUCUGAAGCAGACGCUCAGCAACUGCAUGGAGUACCUGGGCCCGUGGCUGACUCUCAAGUAUCGCUCCCUGCGGGGCUGGGAGUCCGAAGACCCCGAGCUGAGGAGCUGGCAGCGCAACUACCGCCUGAACCGGGUGAACACCUUCAGCCUGUUCGACGAGUUCAUGGAGAUGAUGAUCCAGUACGGCUUCACCACCAUCUUCGUGGCCGCCUUCCCGCUCGCCCCGCUGCUCGCCUUCUUCAGCAAUGUCGUGGAGAUCCGCCUGGACGCCAUCAAGAUGGUCCGGCUGCAGCGGCGCCUGGUGCCACGCAAGGCCAAGGACAUCGGGACCUGGCUGCAGGUGCUGGAGACCAUCGGCGUGCUGGCGGUCAUCGCCAACGGGAUGGUCAUCGCCUUCACCUCCGAGUUCAUCCCCCGAGUGGUGUACAAGUACCGCUACGGCCCGUGCCAGCAGGACGCCUCUUCCUCGGUCGACUGCCUCACGGGUUACGUCAACCACAGCCUGUCCGUGUUCCGCACGGCUGACUUCGAGAACCCAGUCGUGACGGAAGGCUCCGAGAACAUCACCGAGUGCAGGUACCGGGACUACCGCAACGCUCAGGACUACAACUUGUCGGAGCAGUUCUGGUUCCUCCUGGCCAUCCGCCUGGUCUUCCUCAUCCUCUUCGAGCACGUGGCCUUGUGCAUCAAGCUCGUGGCCGCCUGGUUCGUGCCUGACGUGCCUCAGUCGGUGAAGAACAAGGUUCUGGAAGAAAAGUACCGGAUGCUCCGGGAGAAGAUGUGGUGUGGGGGGCUGAGGUGGCAGUGCGAGCCCGGCCCGGGGCCUGGAGCCCCCCACAACUGCACUCCUGCUUCCAGCGCCAGUGCCAAGAGCACAGACGUGGCUCAGGCUCGCACAACCCUCACCUGAACUCUGGGGGGCCACCCACACAAUGGGGGGGGGUGCUCCUCACGCCGUCACGACCUCCCAACACAGGAAAACCAGCCUUUCCCGGGCCUCCCUCUGACUUCUGGGCCCGUCCUGCCCCGCCCACAUGCUGGCUGGUCAGAGGGCCCCGACCCUUCCUCUCUGCCCUGCCCCCCACCCAGCAGAACUUUUGAUAAUAAAAUAAAAACCUCUUUGUGUCGA